AAUGAAGAAGACUAAUUUGGGUUCACUCUCCUACUUCUCUACAAAUCCCAACGUCGCCACCUUCUUCAAUAGAUACUUAGACAAAUCUGAUGUGUUCUCGUGGAACUCUAUCAUUGCGGACUUGGCUCGGAGCGGUGACGCCGUCGAAGCCCUUCGAGCUUUCUCUUCCAUGCGAAAGCUCUCUCUCAAACCUAACCGUUCUACCUUCCCCUGCGCCGUCAAAUCCUGUUCCUCCCUUUUCGAUCUUACUUCCGGUAAGCAGACCCACCAACAAGCUCUCAUCUUUGGUUAUGACACCGACCUUUUUGUAUCCUCCGCCCUCAUUGAUAUGUACUCCAAAUGUGGCCAACUUGCUGAUGCAAGAAAGCUGUUUGAUCAAAUUCCUCAAAAGAAUGUUGUUUCAUGGACCUCCAUGAUAACUGGCUACGUCCAAAAUGACCUCCCUCAUGAAGCAAUCUUGCUUUUCAAAGAGAUAUUGGCAGCUCAGGCAGGAGAAGUAAUUUUUCUUGACUCAGUUGCCAUGGUUUCCGUGCUCUCCGCUUGUUCUCGUCUUUCAGGGAAGACCCUUACCCAAGGGCUCCAUGGCUUUGUCACCAAAAGGGGAUUCAAUGAAGAUGUGGGAGUUGGUAAUACAUUCAUUGAUGCCUACGCUAAAUGUGGUGAGGUUGAUUUGUCUCGGAAGAUGUUCGACAUUAUGCCUGACAAGGACAUCAUUUCAUGGAAUUCUAUGAUUGCAGUUUAUGCCCAGCACGGACUUUCAGCUCAGGCAAUGGAAAUUUUUCGUUCCCUGGCAUGGGAUAGAGAGGUUGACUACAAUGCUGUCACCUUGUCAGCUUUGCUGUUGGCUUGUGCUCAUUCAGGAGCUCUUCAGGCUGGCAAGUGCAUACAUGAUCAGGUUAUAAAGAUGAACCUAGAGGAUAACGUAUAUGUGAGCACAUCCAUGAUUGACAUGUACUGCAAAUGUGGGAGAUUAAGGAUGGCAAGGAAUGCCUUCAAUAGAAUGAAGGAAAAGAAUGUGAAAUCAUGGUCUGCCUUGAUUGCAGGUUAUGGAAUGCACGGGAGAGCUAAGGAAGCCCUUCAAGUAUUUUACGAGAUGAACUCAGCUGGGGUAAAACCAAACUACAUUACUUUUGUCUCUGUCCUAGCAGCUUGUAGCCACGCUGGGUUGCUGGAUGAAGGAUGGUAUUGGUUUAAGGCUAUGGAACCUAGAUUUUGCAUACAACCAGGAGUGGAGCAUUAUGCUUGUAUGGUUGAUCUUCUUGGACGUGCUGGUUUCCUUACCAAGGCAUAUAAUUUGCUAAAAGAAAUGAAGGUGACGCCUGACUUUGUCAUUUGGGGUUCUCUUCUAGCUGCAUGCAGGAUGCACAAGAAUGUCGAGCUUGGGGAGAUUUCUGCUAGUAACUUGUUUGAGUUAGACCCAACAAACUCUGGGUAUUAUGUUUUGCUCUCAAACAUAUAUGCCGAUGCUGGAAGGUGGGAAGAUGUAGAGAAGAUGAGGAUACUUAUGAAAAAUCGUGGAUUAAGUAAACCUCCUGGGUUCAGCCUGCUUGAACUCAAAGGCAGGGUUCAUGUAUUUCUGGUUGGUGAUAGAGAACACCCGCAACAUGAGAAGGUUUAUGCUUAUUUGGAAGAGUUAUCUGUAAAGCUGCAGAUGGCUGGGUAUGUACCCAACAUGACAUCUGAUCUUCAUGAUGUUGAGGAUGAAGAGAAAGGACUGACAUUGCGAGUUCAUAGUGAGAAGCUUGCUGUUGCUUUUGGGGUCAUGAAUUCUGUCCCUGGUAGUACCAUUCAGGUGAUUAAGAAUCUAAGGAUAUGCGGAGACUGUCAUACAACAAUUAAGCUAAUCUCCAAGAUUGUUAAUAGGGAAAUUGUAGUCAGAGAUGCAAAGAGAUUUCACCAUUUCAAGGAUGGCUCAUGCUCAUGUGGGGACUAUUGGUGA